GGCGGGCUGAGCCGCCCCUCUCUCCUGCCCCUCCUCCUCUCUUUCCCACCCCUAGGAGUGAAGCUGCACAUGCGGCUGCUCCUUGCUCUGUCCCUCCCAGCCAGCGUCGCACAGGAAAGGAUCCUGCAGCCCCCAGCCGAUGGCAGGACGGUAGCUGCCUGUCAGGGGUCGUGAACAGCUGAGGCAGACGCGACGGCUCCCGGGCCUCAGAGAGUGUGUGUCUCCAGAGGCCAUGGGCUACCCAGAGGUAGAGCGCAGGGAACCGCUGCGCGAGCGGGGAAACCAGGGCUGUGGCUGUCGCGGGGCCCCUGCCCGGGCAGGCGAAGGGAACAGUUGCCGGCUUUUCCUGGGUUUCUUUGGUUUCUCUCUGGCCCUUCACCUGCUGACGUUGUGCUGCUACCUAGAAAGCACACUCCACCCCGACUCCCAGGACCCGCACCAGGUGAGUCACCUAGUAGGGGCGGCGGUGGCGGCAGAGGCCCCCUUCCCUUGUGGCCAGAGCAGCCGAGUACCUGUAGAUUUAACUGGAUACUUGCUGGACAUGAUCUCAGUGGAUAGUUACAUCCCACUGGUCUCCAAGUUAGACAAUAAACAAUAUGAUUAUGAGAGUAAAGAAAUAAAUAUGAAACCUGCUGUUGAUUAUUUUGUGAAGAAAUUCGCCCAGUUGUGA